GCUGACGAUGCGCACUGGGUAUGCGGCGUGCUUUAAUCCGACGGGGCUCUAAGGAUAGUUAGGAACAGUUUGCGUCAUGUUUAUUGGGAAGCUAUAAAAGAAAAUAAUUAAUCCCAAAACUCCAUGGAAACACAUCUCGUGAAGUUCAUUGAGCGAGUGCGCGCCGUGUCCGAGCGUGACAGCAUUGCAACCGAGUACGCGAGAAUUCGUCAGCAGAACACCUACAUGAAACAAAUCUACGGCCUGACCUAUGAGGCUGGAGGCCUCCGAGAAAAUGUGAAGAAAAACCGCUACAAGGAUAUCCUGCCCUAUGACCAGAGCCGCGUCAUUCUGGGGCCAACGACGCCUGAAUAUAAUUCCGAUUACAUCAAUGCUAACUUUGUCAAGGGGGCAGUUGAGAGCAGGAUAUACAUCGCAACUCAAGGCCCCUUGAGUAACACCUUGGUGGAUUUCUGGCGUAUGAUUUGGCAAUAUGACGUCCGGGUCAUAGUCAUGGCAUGUAAGGAGAUAGAAAUGGGGAAGAAAAAAUGUGAGGUCUACUGGGCAUCUACCAGUGAGUCAGCUGUCUUCGGUCCCUUCACUGUCUCAACAGUAGAAGCAUCAUUUCCAAACGAGGAAGUGAUACUCCGAACACUGGCAGUGAAAUACCGUGAUGAAACUCACACUGUGUCCCAGUUCCAGUACACUGCCUGGCCAGAUCAUGGAAUUCCAAACAUGCCCGAUGGCAUUCUGGGAAUGAUGGAACUGACUCAUAUUAGACAGGCCUACCACACAGGACCUGUGCUUAUCCACUGCAGUGCCGGUUGUGGAAGGACUGGGGUGAUCUGUGCCAUUGACUACGUUAAUGACCUACUAGACCAAAAGAAAAUUGGAGAAGAUUUCAGCAUUAUGGAUAUAGUUAUGCAACUGAGGCGGCAAAGACCAUCAGCUGUUCAAACCAAGGAGCAAUAUGAGUUUAUUUUUCAUACUGUGGCACACAUGUUUAAGAAGGUCUUGAGAGAACCUUCCCAGACUUACCAUAAUCAGACCAAGGCUCCCCCUGGCCUCUACACCAAUGUGGUCCCUCCGAAACCAGCUCUGAGGUCAGUGUCUAUCAGUGGCAGCAACUCCGACCAAAAAACAAGGACACCACAUCCACUGCGACCCAGGUCUUCUCAUCCUCCUCCCUCCACCACAAUGAACGACACUUACGCAGUCAUCAAUAAGGUCAGGCCCUCCCCCACGGCUCGCACGGUCCACUACUACGACAACGCCGAGCGGAGCAGCCAGAAGAGCCCCCCACAAGCCCUCUACAGCGCUGUGAAGCCAAAGAACUCGGCCAUGGGGAGCGGGCACACUGCAACAUCCUCCAGCACGGCUCUGGCUGGCCAGCCGGAGAAGACGGCGCCAUCGGAGACGGAGCGCAGUGGCUUCGAACCACCGACCGGUUGUGACCACAGCUUGACAGAUGAUGACUACGAGUAUGUCUUCAACGAUAGCAGCAGAGUGUGUAGCACAGGUGGCCUGGGUUUCAAGUGUCGAAUAAAGAAGCCAAAGGGACCCAGAGACCCUCCUGCAGAGUGGAAUCGUCUUGAGAGAUGAACCAGUGUCAUUCUUUAUAAUACACAUUAUAGUGCAUAUAUUUACCUAGCAUGAACUUAUAUGAUACAGUGAUAUUGUUUUUGGUACUGGUUUAUAGUGUGUGUGUGUGUGUGUGUGUGUGUGUGUGUGUGUGUGUGUGUGUGUGUGUGUGUGUGUGUGUGUGGUAUUGGAGACUUUAUAACAAUUGAAUGUACAUGCAGUAAUUUAUUGCAGCUACUUGAUUUACUAUAAACGUGAACU